AUGUAUGUUGCAGCAGCAGCAGCAGCAGCAGCAGUUGCUGAUGCCGUCAAGCACCGGCGUUGCUGCAGCAGCCCUGAGGGCCCCUCGCUGCAGCAGCAGCAGCUGUCUCCUGUCUCCGCUUCGGGUGUAUGUACAGGGGACAGUGUUGCUGCUGCUGUCUCUUCUUUAGCUGCUGAGGAGACACCAGAGACCCCACACAGCUGUCUCCGUGUCUCCUCCGUCUCCCGCUCUCCUCCCCCCGCUUCUGCUGCUGCUACUGCUGCUGCUGCUGGGGAAUUCAAGCCGCAGCAAGACACCAACACCAACACCAACAGCAGCAGCAGCAGCAGCAGCAGCAGCAGCAGCAGCAGCAUAGAUGAAGACACUGUGUCUGUGAAAGACAAACAGUGCAGCCUUCUCCCCUUGGGGGCCCCCCUUAAGCAGGAGCCCCUGAGCCCCAGGUGGGCCCCUGCAGUGCAUCUGCUGCAGGGGCUGUCAUCUGCUGCUUCUCAGCAGCAGCAGCAGCAGCAGCAGCAGCAGCAGCAGCAAGGACAGGAUUUGCUGCAGGGGGUAGCAGCAGAGCAUGCAACCGAGACCUCUGAUGCCUUCUCCUGCUCUGACUUUGGCUUCUGCAGCCUCUACACCCUCGACCCCCCCCUCAGCCCCCCCAGCCCCGCCAGCUGCAACGAGGUCCGCAGCAGCAGCAGCAGCAGCAGCAGCAGCAGCAGCAGCAGUAGUAGUAAUAGCAGCAGCAGCAGCAGCAGUAACAGCUGUCUUCCUAUAACCAGCGGCAUCUAUCUGGAGAGCUGCAACAACAGCAACAGCAACAACAACAGCAGCAACAGCAGCAGCAACAACAACAACAACAGCAGCAGCAGCAGCAGCAGCAGCAGCAGCAGCUGUCUGUACACCCCAGAGAAGGAGCUGUCUCUCCUGGCUCCUCCUCUCGGCCCAGCAGCAGCAGCAGCAACAGCAGCAGCAACAGCAACAGCAGCAGCAGCAGCAGCAGCAGCAGCAGCAACGAGCCCUGUAGGUGUUUCUGAGGUACCGCUUCCUGCCCCCGAAUUGCUGCCUCCCUGCAUCGACGACGAGCUGUCUCCAACAGCAGCAGCAACAGCAACAGCAGCAGCAGCAGCAGCAGCAGCAGCAGAUACAGAUGCAUGCGAAGCUCUGGGGCCCUGUCUUGCUUCUGCUGUUCUAUGGGGGCGCCAGCACUGGCGGCCUGAGGGGGGCCCCUUCUCUCAAGACAGAACUGCCGCUGCUUCUCCCGCUGCAGGAGACACUCCAAGGUGGGGACAGGCAGCAGCAGCAGCAACAGCAGCAGCAGCAGCAGCAGCAGCAGCUGGGGGGGAGGAGGAGGAGGAGGAGGAGACAGCAGAGACAGGAGACAGUCAGCAGCAGCAGACGCGCAGCAGCAGCACCGCUCCAGCUGCAAGUGCCAGGGAAGCACCUGCAGCUCCGGAUGCCCUGCAGCAGCAGCAGCAGCAGCAGCAGCAACAGCAGCAGCAGCAGCAGCAGCAGCAGGACAGCAAGCAUCGCCGUCGCAGCAAUGGGGCUGCAUGCAGCUCACAGCAGCAGCAGCAGCAGCAGCAGGACAGCAAGCAUCGCCGUCGCAGCAAUGGGGCUGCAUGCAGCUCAGCAACGAGCUGCAAGCCGUCUAUCCAGGCCCUGUCUCCGGUGUCUCCUCAGCUGCCCCUCUGCCAGCAGCAGCAGCAGCAGCAGCAGCAGCAGCAGCAACAACAGCAACCGCCGCGGGGGCCCCGACGGGCCCUCAGAGGGGUGGGGCCCCCGGGGGGCCCCCCGAUCUUCUCUUCUCAGUCCCUCCCCUGA